UUGAUAAGAGAAAGAUCAAAAUGACAUUGUCAAUAGGAAUUUUCAUUAUUCAUAUUAAAAUACAUAUUUAACAUAUAUCCCAUAAAAAUUCUCUAAAUAAAUUGAUUUUGAACUUUGUUUUCAAUUUGGGAGAAAUACGAUUUAAUAUAUUUUUAAAAUGCUACACAAAAAUUAUGAAAGUGAAGUUACAUUGAGCAGUGUAAUAUAAUGUGCGUAUUUAUAUCAUUGAAAAGUUCCUACUGCUGGGAAAGCAAAAAUCCUACAGCAGGACGAACUUUGAAUAAUUGCCAUGGCUGAACGCAUGGUGCCCCGGAUGAUGGUAUUUAUUCUGGUGUUAGUUGUUGGUCUAGUUUGUCUUACCAUUUUCCUGGCUAUUGUUUUUAUUAAAUCCAAAACGACAACAAAUGGGACAAUUUUUGCGAAUAGAAAGGAAUGUGCGCAAAUUGGAGGGAAAAUGUUGAAAAUGAAUGGUUCAUUUGCUGAUGCUGCCAUUGCCAUGCUGUUCUGUGAAAGUGUUCAUCAGCCGCAAAAAUUGGGAAUCGGCGGUGGAUUCCUUGCCUUAAUUUAUGUUAAAUCAAAUCCAAAUGCAAUGGCUCUCAUUGCUCAAGAAAUUGCACCAUUAGCCGCAAAAGAAAAUAUGUUUAAAAACAGAUCCAGUAAAGAUGCUUUCUUUAUAGGGGAGUUGGCUAUAGCUGUACCUGGUCAAGUGAAAGGAUAUUACGCAUUGCAUCGAAAAUAUGGUCGGCUCAAAUGGGCUGACUUGCUAAAUCCAGCCAUUAAACUCUGUGAGUCUGGGCACAUUGUCAAUCGUGAAUUAGCGAACGAUUUGAAAACGAGAGAAGAUGAAAUUCGAAAAAUAUCUUCUUUUCGUGAAAUUUUUAUUAAUCCGUCGACAAAUAAAACCUAUGAAAAGGGACAAUUAAUUCGGUACAUUCGCUUAGCUGAGACCCUGAAAGUCAUUGCCAGGGAAGGUCAAGAUACAAUUUAUAAUGGAGGGAAAAUUGGCAAGUUGUUGAUUCAAGACAUAAGGUCGUUUGGAGGAAUUUUGACGGAUCAGGAUUUGCUGCAAUAUAGGCAUAAGUGGAGAAAACCCAUAGCAACCAAAUUUUUGAAUUACACAGUUUACUCGAUGCCUGUCUCGGGCAGUGGAAUUCUAUUAAGUGUUAUUUUACAAAAGGCCCAGCAUGAUAAGCCCGAUAAGGACCCCUUCGGAAAAACUGGAGGAAAACAUGUCCACAUUUCAUCCCAAAAGGGGUUAAAACGAUACAAAAAGGAGGAGCAAAAGAAAUCUAUGAUAGCAAAACAGUUGGCUAACGUCAAGCUUUCGAAUCUAUCGCGUGUACGGUUCCAGGAUUCGAAAACCCUAAAUAUUUUGGAACAGUAUUCCGAGAAAGAAAUGACCUCUGUUCAUGGUCAAGUCGUGGUCCAUGUAGCUGUUCUAACUCCAACUGGUGAUGCAAUUAUUGUGAGCAGUACAAUACACUCAAGAUUUGGAGCCAUGCGAUUGUCAUCUCAUACAGGAAUAAUUUUGAAUGACGAAAUGAAACAUUUCAGCGGUCCAAAUCAAACUAACAUUCCCAAAAGCAGAACAUAUCUAUUAUCGACUAUGUGUCCGGUGAUAAUCGUAGAUAUGAAUGGGUUUCCGAAGCUUUUCACCUCCUCUGUAGGAGGAUCGAACGCCACAUUGGCAUUGGCGAAGCUAAUAGUUGAAAAUCUGCAAACUAAGAGAAAGCGAAAACGUUCUGUUUAUAAAUUAGCAGACAUAACUUGACAAUAAAGAAAGUAACAACCAACAAA